GCAUGUCUGCAAAGGCGGUCAGCGAGCUUUCGGGCAAGGAGCUACUGUAUCGAUGUCUUGAAUGUAGUGGUUUAGUCGAUGCUCCUACAGCAGUUCGUCUGUCAGCUGGCGACGACUUCGAUUCAGUUGUGAAGGGGGUGACGUGGCUGGGAGGACCACAGAAGGCUGUGAUAAAACCAGAUCAAUUGAUAAAACGGCGAGGGAAACAUGGUCUCGUCAAAUGUGGGACUGUGAACGAGAUAAAAAAUUGGUUCCAGGAGAAGUCGGAUACUCGCGUUCAGAUUGGAAGGACGAAUGGUCGACUCCACACAUUUAUCAUGGAACCAUUUGUUGCGCACACAGAUGCGGACGAGUUGUACAUUGCUAUCUUCAGUCAACGGAACAAUGAUGUCAUCAUGUUUUAUGAGCAUGGUGGAGUAGAUAUUGGAGAUGUUGAUCAAAAGGCACGGUCAAUCAAAAUUGAAGUUUCAUUAGAUGACAACGACAUGGUGCCUACAGACGCUCAACUAAAAGAACUCAUUGGAAAUCUUGGUGACAGAACAACAGUUCUCGAAACCUUCAUUUCAUCACUUUACUCUGCCUACAAACAAUUGCACUUCACUUAUCUUGAAAUUAAUCCUCUCGUUGUGAAGAAUUCCAAAGUAUACAUACUUGAUCUUGCUGCGAAACUAGAUGAAACUGCUAACUUCUUGUGUUCUGACAAAUGGAAAACACGAUCCGGUUUGGCGGUGGAGUUCCCUGCCCCUUUCGGCAGAGAUCUCACAAAAGAGGAGCAAUACAUCGCUGAUCUGGAUGCAAAAACGGGAGCCUCAUUGAAGCUUACGAUAUUAAAUAGGAAAGGCCGCAUAUGGACAAUGGUUGCCGGUGGCGGAGCAUCGGUGGUAUUCACUGAUACAGUAUGCGAUCUCGGCGGAGCUGCUGAAUUGGCCAAUUACGGAGAAUACUCUGGUGAUCCAUCCGAAACUCAAACUUUCGAGUAUGCAAAAACUUUGCUGUCUGUAAUGACGGAAGGUCCACCACAUCCACAGGGCAAAGUGCUCAUUAUUGGAGGUUCUAUUGCCAACUUCACGAAUGUGGCAAAAACAUUUGGAGGAAUUGUGCGUGCGUUCGAGGUGUAUAUUGAGCGUCUCCGUGAACACAAAGUGACAAUUUUCGUUCGCCGUGGUGGUCCUAAUUAUCAAGAAGGUCUCAGAAGAAUCAAGGAUGCAGCACAAAAGCUAGAAUUACCAAUCCAUGUCUUUGGCCCGGAAACUCAUAUGACUGCUAUCGUUGGAGCAGCACUUGGCAUCCAUGAUCUUCCGGCAGUACCGCAUGUUCCGCAAACUACUGGGCAAUUCCUUUUGAGCCCGGAAAGAAAUGCGCACAAACUGUAUGACAGCCUUUUUGAGAACAACUCGAAGGCUAUUGUAUGGGGCCAACAGCAAAAAGCGAUUCAGGGUAUGCUCGACUUCGAUUUUGUCUGCCGUCGACUGGAGCCAUCAGUUGUUGCAUCGACUUAUCCGUUUACGGGUGAUAACAAACAGAAGUACUACUUUGGACAACGCGAGAUCCUGAUUCCAGCUUACAAGUCCAUGGCAAAAGCGUUCGCAACCCAUCCGGAAGCAACCAUCCUUGUCACUUUUGCAUCGCUUCGAUCUGUGUUCGAAACUGUACUGGAGGCACUCCAUUUUCCGCAGAUUCGCGUGAUUGCCAUUAUUGCCGAAGGUGUACCAGAAAACCAAACACGUAAACUGAUCAAGGUGGCCUCAGAGAAAGGGGUUACUCUGAUCGGGCCGGCUACGGUUGGUGGAAUCAAGCCAGGAUGCUUCAAAAUUGGAAAUACUGGAGGAAUGAUGGAUAAUAUUCUAGCAUCGAAGUUAUACCGUCCAGGAAGCGUGGCUUACGUUUCUCGAAGUGGAGGAAUGUCCAAUGAGCUAAACAACAUUAUCGGAGCAAAUACAGAUGGUGUAUUCGAAGGUAUUGCUAUUGGAGGAGAUCGCUAUCCAGGGUCUACCUACACUGAUCACAUCAUGCGAUACCAGAAGGAUGACAGAGUGAAAAUGAUGGUGCUCCUGGGAGAAGUCGGUGGUAUUGAAGAAUAUAAGAUUGUUGAUGCCUUGAAAGCCGGGAAAAUCACAAAGCCACUCGUGGCGUGGUGCAUCGGAACAUGUGCCGAUCAUAUAACCUCGGAGGUACAAUUCGGUCAUGCGGGUGCGUCCGCAAAUGCUCUCGGUGAGACUGCGGCUGCGAAAAAUGCAGCUUUGAGAGAAGCCGGUGCUCGUGUACCUCAUUCCUUUGACGAUCUUGGUCAGUCAUAUUUUGAUAAUCGUUUCAAGGAUCGAGUGCAGAGAUUACUGGAUACCUUCUCUUCAGGGAAACUCGUGAAGGAGACGUUCAACGAACUGGUUGACCAAGGAAUCGUCGUGCUUCGGCCGGAGAUUCCUCCGCCUGCCGUACCUAUGGACUAUGCUUGGGCGAGAGAACUUGGUUUAAUCCGUAAGCCUGCGUCGUUCAUGACUUCAAUUUGCGACGAACGAGGCGAAGAACUCAACUACGCCGGAGUUCCCAUUACUAAGGUGCUUGAGCAGGACAUUGGAGUGGGCGGUGUGCUUGGCUUGUUGUGGUUCCAAAAACGACUUCCUGCUUAUGCAAAUAAAUUCAUUGAAAUCUGUCUAAUGUUGACCGCGGAUCACGGACCAGCCGUAUCUGGUGCACACAACACGAUUGUCUGCGCAAGAGCUGGAAAGGACUUGAUUUCGUCUCUGGUAUCAGGGCUAUUGACUAUCGGAGAUCGAUUUGGUGGCGCGCUGGACGGUGCGGCUCGUCAGUUCUCUGAAGCAGUUGAUAAAGGAUGGAGUCCAAUGCAAUUCGUAAACGAGAUGCGUAAGCAAGGGAAGCACAUUAUGGGGAUCGGACACCGUGUGAAAUCGAUCAAUAAUCCCGACAAGCGCGUGGAAAUACUCAAAAACUUCGCAUUAGAUCGUCAUCAGUUCAAGCAAGAGACGCCAUUGCUGGAAUACGCGCUUGAGGUAGAGAAGAUCACCACAGCGAAGAAACCAAACUUGAUUUUAAAUGUGGAUGGAGCGAUCGGAGUGAUUUUCGUGGAUAUCCUGCGUCAAUCCGGGAUGUUUACCCCCGCUGAAGCUCAAGAAACCAUCGAAAUCGGAGCUCUGAAUGGACUCUUCGUACUUGGACGCAGUCUUGGAUUUAUCGGGCAUUAUUUGGACCAGCGCCGCCUGAAACAGGGGUUGUACCGCCAUCCUUGGGACGACAUCUCAUAUAUUAUGCCUGAGCGCGAUCUGGUAAGUGAACAGGAUGCUCUGAAAGCAAUUCCUGCUGACAACACUCCAUUCUCCGGUGUAUCUCAUUCGUUCAAGGGUGAGCUACCCGUGAAUAAAUAA